UCUAGCUCAUGGAUUCGCGAACGGAAGUCGCACUUGCCGGAGGGAAUACACCUCAGCGGUACAUGCAGCCCACAGUAACAUACACAGCAGCCCACCUCUCUCUCUCUCGCUCUCUCUCUCUCUCUCUCUCAGCACGGCUGUCCUGAGUCUCCAGUCUCAGCACGUAUUCUGCAUUUACUCGCCAACCCAAUCCACUCAAUGACCCAAAGCAUCCUCCCGUCCCCCACCGCUCCCCCAACAUCCCCUUCAACCGACCCAAUCUACACCCUCCGCGGCCACACCGCAGACAUCUCCGCCCUCUCCUUCCUUUCGUGCGACACACUCCUUGCAUCCGGGGAUGUGGAAGGCAACGUGAUAUUCUGGGCGGUAGCAACCCGCCGACCAGUCGGGAAGUGGAAGCUGCAUGAGAAGGGGAUAUUGGCUGUCGAGGGGAUCGGUGGGGGGAUGGUUCUCAGCCAUGGCAGAGACGACCAGCUCCACUUCUGGACCAUCUCCUCCCUCCUAUCUCAACCCGACUCCCAAUCGACCCCGCCACCGGCCCCAACCCCAACCUUGACCCUAACAGUCAACUCCCUCAACUUCUGCUCCGUCUCCUUCCUAGCUCCCCGGCCCUCCCGGUCCCUCAUCACCUCCCCCUCUCUCGCCACGUCCACCCUCCUGGCCCUCCCCUCCCUCACCUCCAACGACGCCAUCGAUGUCUACAGCCUCGGGGAGCGCCGGUACGCUGUCUCGGGGCUAGCGUCACCCAAAACGGGGAUGUGCAUGUGUCUAAAGUUGGUGAGAUGGGACGAUGGCGAGGUGGGGUUGGUAGCGGGUUACGAGAGUGGGGAGGUUGUUGUGUGGGACUUGGCGGCUGGGAGGGUGGUGGAGAGGAGGAGGGUUGAUGAUGAGCCUGUUCUGUCACUAGACACCGCACCCGCCGACCCCCAGACCCUCCUCACAACCACCGCCUCCACCCUCCUCACCAAACUCAACCUCGACCCCACCACCCACACCAUAACCUCAACGCGUUUGGUGCAGACGCCGAGCAAAGGGAACGCGUGUGUGGCGAUCAGACGGGAUGGGAGGGUGGCGGUUGUGGGCGGGUGGGAUAAUAUGAUACGGGUGUAUGGGGUGAAAAGUAUGAAGCAGUUGGCGGUGUUGAGGGCGCAUCGGGGGGGGGUGCAGUGUGUGGCGUUUCCAAGGAGUAGCGGUGGAGGUGAAGAUGCGGAUGCGGAUGCAGGUGCGGAUGCGGCGGCAAACACCAUCAAGGAUGAGGGUGUCAGUGUGGGAUUGGGCAUAGGAGGACUACCACCCGCGCCGGCUAAUAUGUUUGCGGCGGGCGCGAAGGACGGGACUGUUACGCUUUGGCAGGUAUACUGAGCCGGGGGGGCGUAUCGUUGCGUAGUUUGCUAGGUGGGGUCUUCUCAUCGUACAGCGAGGAGCAAACGGUGUGCUCUGAAUGAGAAGGUAGGGCGUAUCUAGCUUUCUUCAGUUUGUAGAGAACUAUGUAGUAUAGAAUCCGGGUCCACACAACCCGUAGCUAGCGGAGGGAGUUCACACGUAGUGCCUCGAUACUGC